ACAAUGACAUAUGUUUUCGGGUCGCACACUGAGGAACUCAAAGCUGUGCCGACUCAUCUUUUCUGCAAAAAUAACAUCUUAUUCUCCAUUUGUGCAACGCAAACAGGCGUUCAACUAGGUAGCGGUAAUUAAAGAGUGUUAGCAAAAUGAUAAUAACUUUAAAAAACCUUCAGCAACAAACCUUUACCGUUGAGAUUGAGCCCUCAAAAACGGUAAAGGAACUUAAAGACAAAAUAGAAGCUCAAAAAGGACUUCCCGCUCAACAUCAAAAGUUGAUAUACGCCGGAAAAAUAUUAACGGAUGAGCAACCUUUGACAGAAUAUAAUAUCGAUGAGAAGAAAUUUAUUGUUGUUAUGGUUUCAAAACCAAAAGUCGGAGUUAGUCCGAGUACGAGCGAAGAGGUGAAAGCUGACGGGGAUAGCAGCAAAGAACAAUCAACACCAAGCAUAGCAACGCCACCUAGUUCGAAUCCUGCACCCACAACACCACAAGCCACUGCAACACCACAGCCAGCAGCAACGCCACAACAGCAACAGGAUGCGGCACAGCCAACUAUUACAAUAACAGGUCCGGAAGGUCAGGCGGAAGGUGCGCUGCUCAUGGGCGAGCAGUACAAUUUAAUGGUAACCAAUAUAAUGGACAUGGGAUAUCCUCGGGAGCAAGUUGAGCAAGCGCUGCGGGCCAGUUUCAAUAAUCCAGACAGAGCCGUCGAGUAUCUCUUAACAGGGAUCCCCUAUCAGCUGUUGGACGACGCGGCCGAAGACCAAGGAGGAGAAGCCCAAGAUGCUCCCCUGGAGCAGGGUCAGGAUCCUCUCGCGUUUCUUCGUUCACAACCACAGUUCCAACAGAUGCGCCAGGUCAUUCAACAAAAUCCACAAUUACUAAAUGCUGUCUUACAGCAAAUCGGUCAAACCAAUCCAGCCCUUUUGCAACUCAUUUCUCAAAAUCAGGAAGCCUUCGUGCGCAUGCUUAACGAACCUGUAGGUGCAAGUGGAGGAACGCCAGCAGGAACAGCUCCAGUCUCAGCAACCGGUGGAACAGUGAAUCCCCUGUCCGGAAGUGGUGGUGGUGGUGGAACAGGGACAGGUCCAGCCGUAAUUCAAGUGACUCCUCAAGACAAGGAAGCAAUCGAGAGACUAAAAGCCCUCGGCUUCCCCGAGCACCUUGUUGUCCAAGCGUACUUUGCUUGUGAAAAGAACGAGAACCUUGCUGCCAAUUUUUUACUCUCGCAAAAUCUUGACGAUUGAAAGAAAGAGACGAUAAAUUGCUAUAGAAUUAGGAAUCUGGUACAGAACGGGUAUGACUUCGUUGUUAAUUUUAGAAAGGUGCGCUUGACGUUUUUGACUCAUUAGUUGUCCGAGUAUCUUUCAAUUUCGGUAAAGAAAAAAAAAACAAACAAACAAAAACAAAAAAGAUCUAUUUGUUGAAGACAUAAACUAGACACCUUCGACGACGCGCAAAUUUUACCAUAAAAGAAUAUUGUUAGUGUUGUUCUUGAAAAAGGAGAAGAUUUCAAGAAGAAAAAGAAGAAAAGAAAAGAAAAGAAAAGAAAACUAAAAACGUUUUAAGCGCAAGGAAAAUUCACUUUGCCUGGUAAGAAUUGAAACGCUUUUUUAAUUCUCUAAUUGUAAUGAAAAUUUCUUAUUAACUAUGACAAGAAUUCAUUUUUCUUUUUAAUCGGGGAAUGUUAUUUCUAAAGGAAAAAAUAAAAGAAAAACUAUUCUCAAAGCAAUUUCAAGUUAUUUUUUGCUUGGAGAAAUUCAAUGAGAACACAAGAAGAUAUAGGCACAUUUUGUGAGUGAUGUGUGCGUAUGUGUGAGCUUCAGCGUGCAGCACGCCCACGCUCUUCUUUGUUUGGCGUGCGUUUAUAAUGUAUUUGUAUAUAUGUAUAUACGUCUUGUGUUUUCAUUGAUUUUUCCAAUGCAAAUUAAUUAUAUUUAUAUACUAAAUAAUACACUUUUAAGAUCUCUGGAAGCUCUUGAAAUUGUAAAAAAAGAAAAAGAAGGGGAAAAAUGAAGAAUAUUGCAAAAAAAAAAAAAAUUUCCAAAGUUUUCAUCAGCGAAUGUCCAAAACACAUCCACGAACUAAUAAAAAUUGUUUUAUAAUACAUGAAGAACAAUGAACAAGUUUCUCAUGCUUGUGUACAGCGAUAAAUGCAUUCAACUAUAUCUAAUUUGUAUUUAUUAAUCGAUAGCGAAGAAAUGUGUUCGGCGUUAAGCUUAGAAAGCCUAAUGAUUUUUCGAAUUUUCAAAAUAUUUAAGAACUUCAAUUAUGUAUAGAGUUAAUCCUUGACAAAUGAAUAAUGUUACGCGUUUCGUGAUUAACAAAGAAAUAAAUGAAAGUGCAUAUAA